GCGGUAUAGAGCUGUCCGUGAAAGUGCGUCCUCUUCGCAAGAGCAGAGCGACAGCAGCGUCUGUUCACUGUAGAUAUGAGCCGUUCAGACCAGCUGACCUAAGUCUUAACGGUGAGGUGCCGUGCUUUUAAAAUGUCUGUUUCAUCCACUCACAGCUCGGACACAUCCAGCCGCAGGAGGAGGCCGGCUGAACACACACAAGAUGCUCCAUGGCAGCAUGAUCCCCAGGAUGGUCCCAACCAUGAACCAAGCAAUGAGCGACUGUGUGGAAGUCAACUCAAUUCAGCAGAGUCUUACACUCCAUUUCCAAUUCACUCCGUUUGUCCUUCCCUGUGUACAACUAAAUGCAUAUCUGCACAUGCAUGUCCGAGCCACCACGCCUGUGAUGACGCCUGGGUUGAGAUCCAAAGCAAGAGAACAAUCAGAGCAGAGAACGAAGUUGAAGCAAACAAACUGGUUAACAACUACAGGUUUGGUUUCAGAAAAUGGAAAAGCCACGUGACAGAGCGCCCAUUUGAAGACAGGUCAGAGGUCGUCAAAGAGCUCUACUCAGAACUGAAAAUCAUUAAACCAAAUUCAGGACAUCUCAUCACAUGUGGAAAUGUACUUUAUGUGUUUCUCUUUGGUUGUUGGGUCUCUCUGGCAUAUUUCCUGGUCAGCCUUCUGAUGUUCAUCACCAUCAUUGGUGUACCGUACGGCAAGCUUUGCUUGAAGUUGUCCUGCUACUUCCUGUGGCCGUUUGGCAAGUCCAUCCACGAGUUUGGGAAUACUCUGAGAAGAUGCUGUGAGCAAGCACCAGACUGUGACUGUGACACAGAGGACACAGAAGAUAACUCACCAGUUCUGCUGCCUUCACCCAUAGAGAUACCUCUCCGAGAGUUUCCCUCUCUACCUAUGCGAACUCCCUACUGGCGACGUUUCUCCACAUAUGUGUGGCUGCUGCUGGGAUAUCCUCCCCUGAUAGUCGUCCACUGUCUGGCGUGCUUCUUAUCCUGGAUCCUUGUCUUCACCAUCCCUGUUUCGAAGAUGAACGCACGCACCCUGGGCGUCAUUCUUCUUUUAGCUCCUGAGGAUGUGUCUGUCUCAACGUGCUCGCAGAGGAAGCAUGAAGCCUAUGAGACCAGAGCUCUGCUGUGCUGCUACCAUGCUGCAAACUGGUACUACUACAAGUACACUGUUGAUGGGAUCAAUGUGUUUGCUGUCAACCUGCUCCCUCUAGUAAUAGUUGCUAUGGUGAUUGGAUAUAUUGACAGAGAAAACGUGUAUGCCAGCUCUGAGGUCAAGUUUGCCAUAGCCAUCUGCUCCAUCAUUCCUCUGUCGUAUUAUAUUGGAAUGGGCAUUGCCAGUAUCUCAGCACAAAGUAAUUUUGCUGUGGGUGCAGUGGUGAAUGCAAGCUUCGGCUCCAUCACAGAGUUGACCUUUUACAUCACAGCCCUUCUCAGAGGCCACCGGGAAGGAAACCCGUGUCUGCAGGAGGUUGUGAAGGCAGCGCUGACUGGUACACUACUGGGAUGCAUCCUCUUCAUCCCUGGCAUUUGCAUGAUCAUCGGAGGGCUGAAACACAGCGAGCAGUCGUUCAACAGCCGAUCCACAGGAGUGAGCUCUGCUCUGCUUUUCAUCUCAGUAGGAGGUGUGUUUGCUCCAACGCUGUUCUCCAAGGCUUAUGGGAAUCUGGUGUGUGACGCCUGCACUAACUCAAAUGGCACAAGGAACAGCAGUGGACCGUUUGUCUGCCACAACUGUCACUAUGAUCUGAACAACGGCACAUUGUUUCACAGCCAUGUACAGCCACUGGUGUACACACUGUCUGCACUCUUGCCAGCUGCCUACAUCAUUGGUCUGAUAUUCACUUUGAAGACACAUUCCCACAUUUAUGACAUCCAGGUUGGAGAAAGGCAGGAGACAGGGCACCAUGGGGCGGUGGUCCACUGGUCUCGCUGGAGGUCCCUGGUCAUCCUCAUCAUGGCCACUGUGCUCACGUCUGCGUGUGCCGAUCUGGCCACAGAGCACAUCCAGCCCAUACUCAACCAGCCCAACGUCUCUCAGUAUUUUAUCGGAGUGACAAUUCUCGCUAUGGUUCCUGAGAUCCCAGAGAUAGUUAAUGGGAUCCAGUUUGCUCUCCAAAACAACAUCAGUCUAAGCCUGGAGGUGGGAAUCUGUAUCGCGGUUCAAGUCUGUAUGCUGCAGAUUCCUAUUCUGGUCUUAUUUAAUGCCUUCUAUGAUGUGGGCUUUGUACUGUUAUUUAGCGACCUGCAUCUGUGGGCCAGCAUCUUCAGUGUGAUCCUGGUCAACUACAUCUUCAUGGACGGCAAGUCCGAUUAUUUUCAGGGUACUGCUCUUGUGAUCGUCUAUCUUAUUCUUCUGGCUCUGUAUUUCUACGCUCCAUCUCCAGCAGGCUGCUGACUGCAGGACUGGAGCUUUUAAGCUGGACUAACUUUUUUUUUUUUUAAGCAUGGAGGACACUGAAUGUGCUAAUAAUGAGAUGUUAUCCUAAAAGGAAGUGAAUCCUGACAGGCCUUUUAGAAAGUAUUUUUGUUCUUACACUGUUUACUGAAAUAUACCUUCUCAGCGCUCAGCUUUUUAAUGUGCGGAUAUGUUUUGACUGCAUAAAUAUCUCACUCCAACUGUUGUAAAAUGUACAGUUUGCAAACUGACAUCCUACUUUGAUGUACUUAGACUUGUAAUGUUUUUGUUAAGUGUAAAAGCAGUAUUUUUGCAGAGGAAUGGACAUUAUGAUGUAACAAAUCUAUGCUAAUGCUCAUUUGUUAAUAGGUACUGUUGUACUUUUUAUCUACUUUUUAAUUCCAAAAUGUUAGAUUAGUACAUAUCUGUGUGCGUACAUAAGAUAAGUUAACAUAUUUUAUAUAAAUCCCUGGCACCUUCAAGUGGGAAAAGUAGCAUGCUGGCAGUGCUGAGAAAGAAAAAUGACAAUAGACAACUAUUUGAAAAA